AUGAAACCAACUUGGCAGACAAUCCAGGCAUUGCCAGAUGGGACCUGUCUUCCAACUUAUGUUGUCUACAAAGCCACAAAUUUAUAUUCUGAUUCUGAAUGGGUGGAAGGAGGCCCUUGUGGGACACGAUAUAAUUGCACCAAAUCUGGUUGGUUCGAUUCUGAUGCCUUCGAGGAUUAUUUUAAAACAAUAAUAGUUCAAUGGGGGAAGAAAAUAUCAGGCCCAAAAGUCGUCAUUGGCGACAAUUUGUCGAGCCACAUAAAUAUUGAAGUCGUGGAGUUGUGUCAACAACAUGAUAUCCGAUUGGUAUUUUUAGCACCAAAUUCCACUCAUCUGACCCAACCUCUGGAUGUUUCGUUUUUUGGUCCACUGAAAAGGGAGUGGAGAAGAAUUCUACUUGAAUAUAAAGUCAAGAAUCCUGGUCAAACUACACUCAAUAAAAAACAUUUUCCUAAAUUGCUGGCGGAACUAAUUGAAAAAAUACAGCUGAGGGAAACAAAAAAUAUUAAAAGCGGCUUCAGAGCCACAGGUAUUUGGCCUCUCAAUCCAAUCAAUGUUACUAAGAGAAUACCAGAACUAUAUGACAAAGUUACCCAUGGAAUAGACAGUGCUUUACUAGAUUAUUUGAAUGAAACAAGAUCCCCAAAUCCAAUGACAGUGAAAAGAAGCAAAAAAAAAUUGAAAACAGAACCAGGAAAGUCAGUCUGCGUGGAAGAUAUUUCUAUAAAAGACAGUAAUACAAAGAAAACAAAUGCGACAAAUAAGAAUAAAAAACAUAUUAAUACGGAAGAAGACAUUGUGAUACCGAUGUUGAAUGAAAACACAGAAGAAAAGAUAGAGACAGACGAAGAAAUAGAGACGCAUAUAUUACACGAAGAAACAGGGCAAAUAGUAAAAAAAGAAUUCCAAAAAAUCACGUUGAAAUUCUUAAGAAAAAUAAAAAAUGCCAAAGGCAAGAAAUUAGCGUUCACGUACCCAAAUGUAGAAGACACUUGUGAAAUGAUGCACUUAAAUGACAUAAUUCUAGUAUUGCCUCAACCAAAUAUUUCGCGGAGGGCUCAGAUAAUAUUUGAUAUAAAUUUACGUGAAUGUAAUGUGCAAUAA